AACACAGGCUCCAGUAUAUAAAUCAGGCAAAUUCCCCAUUUGAGCAUGAAGCUCUGAAAACUGCCGGCAUCUAAGGUCUCCUCCAAGGCCCUCUGGAGUCCAGCCCAUAAUGAAGGUCUUGGCGGCAGGAGUCGUGCCCCUGCUGCUGGUUCUGCACUGGAAACACGGGGCGGGGAGCCCCCUUCCCAUCACCCCUGUCAACGCCACCUGUGCCACACGCCACCCAUGUCACAGCAACCUCAUGAACCAGAUCAGGAACCAGCUGGUGCAGCUCAACAGCAGUGCCAACGCCCUCUUUAUUCUCUAUUACACGGCCCAGGGGGUGCCGUUCCCCAACAACCUGGACAAGCUGUGCAGCCCCAACGUGACUGACUUCCCGCCCUUCCACGCCAACGGCACCGAGAAGGCCCGGCUGGUGGAGCUGUACCGCAUCAUCGCGUACCUGGGGGCCUCCCUGGGCAACAUCACGCGGGACCAGAAGGUCCUCAAUCCCAACGCCCUCGGCCUGCACAGCAAGCUGAACGCCACGGCCGACGCCAUGCGGGGUCUCCUCAGCAACGUGCUCUGCCGCCUGUGCAGCAAGUACCACAUUGCCCACGUGGACGUGGCCUACGGCCCUGACACCUCGGGCAAGGACGUCUUCCAGAAGAAGAAGCUGGGCUGUCAGCUCCUGGGGAAGUAUAAGCAGGUCAUUGCCGUGGUGGCCCGCGCCUUCUAGGCGGGAGGUCUCAUAGCGUACAGUGACCCAAGAUCUUAGACUUAGGUGGCUCUCAGACUGUGGCCGGGGCCCAGAGCGUUGCCAGACCCAAGUGGGGGUUCCUGGCCGGGCUACUCCUCUCCGGGGUGGGCUGUGGUGAAGCCAAGCAGAGCCAGAACUCCCAGAGGCAGAAUCUAUAU